UAAGCACCUCCUAACCCUAGCUCGUCGCUCUCACCGGCCCACUUCCUCUACUGUCCUCACCACCGUCCGAUCCUCCUCCUCCGCCGCCCCUCUCGCUCACUCCCCCUCCUCCGCCCCUCCCUCCCCGCCGCCCCCCUCCGCCAUGAUCUACGACCGUCUUGCCGAAUCCGUGAAGUCCAAACUCAAGCAGCUAGAGAACCCCGACGUGCGUUUCCUCAAAUAUGGAUCCCCGCACCCGACUUUGACCUCUCACACGCACAUCCUCUCGUCUCCCGAGACAAAGAUCACGACUUUACCCAACGGACUUCGGGUUGCCACCGAGUCGAACCUUGCCGUUAAGACGGCGACCGUUGGGGUUUGGAUCGAUGCUGGGUCGAGGUUUGAGACGGACGAGACUAACGGCACAGCGCAUUUCCUGGAGCACAUGAUAUUUAAAGGGACGGAGAGGAGGACCGCUAGGGGUUUGGAGGAGGAGAUCGAGAACAUGGGGGGGCAUUUGAAUGCUUAUACGAGUAGGGAACAGACGACUUAUUAUGCCAAGGUUUUGGAUAAGGAUGUGAACAGGGCGUUGGAUAUUUUAGCUGAUAUUUUGCAGAAUUCGAAGUUUGAGCAGCCACGAAUUUCUCGGGAGAGUGAUGUGAUUUUGAGAGAAAUGGAGGAGGUUGAGGGGCAAACCGAGGAAGUUAUUUUUGACCAUUUGCAUGCAACUGCAUUCCAGUACACUCCUUUAGGUAGAACUAUUCUUGGACCUGCUCAGAACAUCAAGGCAAUUACCAAGGAGCAUCUUCAGAGCUAUAUUCAAACACACUACACUGCUCCCAGAAUGGUGAUUGCUGCCUCUGGAGCUGUUAAGCAUGAGGAUAUUGUGGAGCAAGUGAAGAAAUUUUUCACAAAGUUAUCAUCUGAGCCAACUACUGCUUCUCAACUAGUUGCAAAAGAACCAGCAAUUUUUACUGGUUCUGAGGUUAGAAUAAUUGACGAUGAUAUUCCUCUGGCACAAUUUGCUGUUGCAUUUGCUGGAGCAUCUUGGACAGACCCAGAUUCCAUUGCCUUGAUGGUAAUGCAGGCUAUGCUGGGUUCAUGGAAUAAAAGUUCAGUAGGCGGAAAGCACAUGGGCUCUGAGCUGGCACAAAGAGUCGGCAUUAAUGAAAUUGCGGAAAGUAUGAUGGCCUUUAACACCAACUAUAAAGACACCGGUCUAUUUGGUGUCUAUGCAGUUGCUAAGCCGGAUUGCUUGGACGAUUUAGCCUAUGCAAUAAUGUAUGAGACAACCAAGUUAGCUUACCGAGUUUCAGAAGCUGAUGUCACUCGUGCACGUAAUCAGUUGAAGUCAUCCUUGUUGCUUCACAUCGAUGGAACAAGCCCUGUAGCUGAAGAUAUUGGACGUCAGCUACUUACAUAUGGUCGUAGAAUCCCGUUUGCUGAAUUGUUUGCUAGAAUUGAUGCUGUUGAUGCAAGCACAAUCAAACGCGCAGCCAACAGAUUUAUUUAUGAUAGGGAUAUUGCAAUCGCCGCAAUGGGACCCAUCCAGGGUUUGCCCGACUACAACUGGUUCAGACGCAGAACCUACUGGAACCGAUACUAGAUUAUCUUUCUACUUUUAUUUACUGCAGCUUUACCUUCUUGGCCGGUUGCAAACAUUUUUUAUUGUUGCAUUUUUACACAAUCAAUGUCCUUGGAGAGGCUUCAGGGCUGGCUUUUUUAAUUAAUUUUUUUCUUAGGCACUUG